AUGUUUGAUAAGCAUGAAAUUGUUAAAAAUUUUAAGGAAAUAACUAAUGGAGAAAGAAACAGAUUCAUGAAGAAAAUUUUAUGGAAGUCUAGAAAGGGAAAAUCAAGCUUUAUUCUUGAAGUAGACUUGUAUAAACUAAAUAAGUUAUCAAGUGAUUAUAUAAUUACUGCAAGAGAUUAUGAUAUUGAAAAGAAUAAAGGCCAUUUUACAACCCAAGUAGAUAUCUAA